UGGAGUCUUGCUCAGAGGAACCUUGGAACCUUGGAUAAAUGGUAGACUGUCCUUCACCCCAAAUGAGUUGAAUGAGACGACGCUGAAGCAAUGAGAGAUGAAGUAGAGAUACUAUUGUCUCUGUAUCAGAUGUAAAACAGCUAUAUAAUCAGGUCAUCCAUAUAACGGAUAUUCUCACAUCAGGAUGGCGGGCGCCUCCAUCACCCCGUGUCUCCGGACUACAGCGGUCUAACAGACAUUCUGCUCCCCCUGUGGGAAAGAACAGAGCUACUGGAGCGCAGUAGUCCACCAGCACCAUGGACUACCACGCCGAGUGCUGCUUCUGCGACCCCGAGGAGGGUCACGGCGGCCUGGACGAGCUGCCCCUCCACAGUAUCCACGCGCCCAACCGGAUCCGGCCGUCCUCCUACCGAGCCCUGAGGAGCGCUGUGUCCAGUCUGGCCCGCAUCGACGACUUCUUCUGUGAGAAGAUAGGUUCAGGAUUCUUCUCUGAGGUCUUCAAGGUGCAGCAUCGGAUCACAGGGCAGGUGAUGGCACUGAAGAUGAACACUCUGGCUAGCAACAAAGCUAACAUGCUACGAGAAGUGCAGCUCAUGAACAGGCUUUGCCACCCGAACAUACUCAGGUUUCUUGGGGUUUGUGUUCAUGAAGGUCAACUCCACGCUCUGACUGAGUAUAUAAAUGGAGGCAACCUGGAGCAGCUGUUGGACAGUGACCUGUACCUGUCAUGGUGCGUCAGGAUUGGUCUGUCCCUGGAUAUCGCCCGAGGGCUGCAGUACCUGCACAACAAAGGCAUAUUCCACAGAGACCUCACCUCCAAGAACUGUCUGGUUCGCUGUGAUAACGGCAUGUUCACUGCUGUGGUGGGAGACUUCGGCCUGGCAGAGAAGAUCCCUGAUUACAGUGACUCUGAAAGACAGCCUCUGGCCAUCGUUGGCUCCCCCUACUGGAUGGCCCCUGAAGUUCUGAGAGGGGAGCUGUACAACGAGAAGGUGGACGUGUUUGCGUACGGCAUCAUCCUGUGUGAGAUCAUCGCCCGGAUUGAAGCCGAUCCUGACUUCUUACCCAGGACAGAGGACUUUGGUCUGGACGUGGUUGCAUUUGAGAACAUGGUUGGGGAUUGUCCAGCGGCCUUCUUAAGCCUUGCUGUCACCUGCUGUAAUAUGAGUGCAGAGAGGCGUCCCUCCUUCUCUGACAUUGUCUUCACAUUGGAUGGCAUGGAGAGAGAAGAGAGAGAGACGUCCAUUGCAGUUGAGCCAGUGGCAGUAGAAGUUAGCCCGUAUCGGCGACGCAGCUCUCCCUGUCACUCUCGUGACCUAAGCCAGCAACGGCAAGGCUUGGCGAGGAGCCAGUCGGACAUGUUACCCCCGGCAACCCUGACCCCUCCUCUCCUCGAGACCCCUGCGCGGGUCAACCCCUUCUCUCUCAGACAGGACUUGAAUGGGGGGCGUUGUAAACUCUUAGACACACCAAGCAAGUCUGUCAUCUCCCUGACCUUCACCCUCCCGGCGCUUCGCGACCCUUGUUCAUCCCCCCACCGUCUCAGAGGGACGCAAGCUCUGCCGAGGAGAUGCCAGUCGCUUCCCUGUACUCCAGAGCUCAGCCGGACUGUUGCCUUGUCACGAGACACUGAGGGGAAGGAGGAGCAAAAGGAGGAGGACCAAAUGGAGAUCACUGAGAAGAGAGAGUUGUUGAAGGAGGAGCAUGGGAGGGGAGAGGAUACAUGGCGUCCUGUGGAGCUGGAGAUGGUGUCUCUGGAGCGGCUAGAGGAGGUGGAGGAAGAGGAGGGUGUUUGUCUAACUGAACCCAUGGACUGUAGUAAGUCUCCAGAGCCAGCAGAUGGAGUCAUGGACUCCACACCUAGAAGAGCCCUGCUCACCUCCACUUGUUCCUCCUCUUUACAGACCAAUGGCUGGCGACUCCCCAUCUCCAACAGACUGCCCUCCUUGCCUGCUCUGCCACGACUGGAUAACAACAACGGCUCUGCCCUUGUAAUUGGCCAGCAGGUGCAGUGGGGUGGAGGAGGCCGUGCUAAUGGUUACAGCGGAGCCCAGGUCCAGUCCUCUGACCCUAGUGGCCACUCUGAGCAGGAUGAGGUCAUUUCCUGUCCAGGCUGCUGUCUUGUAGGUCUGAGUUUACCUUCUGUGUGCCUCCGCGGUUCAGCUGCUGUGCCUGCCCCCCGCCGAAGGGCUUCGUUACCCCGGCAGCGACCCUACCGGAACCUCAACGCUACCAUAACUGGUGGCAGCGCUUCCUCGUCAACAACGGCCGCCACAGAAACCAAAGCUCUACUGUGUCGCAGCACAAAUGGACUUGUAGUGGGUGGGCCCUCGGUGCCAUGUGAACCUGGCCGGUCCCUGCCGGAGGCCCAGACAUAGAGACAGAGUGCUACGUGUCAUAUUGUGAAAACCACGCCCACCGGAGGGGAAAACCAUCGCAGACACAAUAUGCAACCAAGGGCUGAGAGGCUAACAACAUGCCAGUAGUUAGAUAAAACGAUAGCUUGCAGCAUACAUGAGGAUUCUUUUCUCCCCCUGUGUCUACCAGGGGUGUAGCUGAUAACUAAAAUGAUGAUGGGACAAGUUAGCUGCUAGCGAGCUAAUAUUAGCUAUGUGUUAGCAAGUUGCUGGAGCUAGCUAAGGCAAAUAUGAU